CAACCAUCGUUUCCAUUCUUUUCUUUUUCUCCAAUGGAUGAAUCACUCGUAUUUUUGUGGUUCAUGUUCAUGCUCUUUAUGAUGAGCUCCCAAAACAAACCUCCCAUUGACCCACUUGAACAGAAUGCACUCUACCAUCUCCUCAACUCCAUCAACCCAACCAUUCCUUGGACCACUCUCUUCCCCGACGAUCUCUGCGUCACUGCACCAAGCUUCGUCGUCUGCGAAUCUCAUCGUCAACAAAACCAAACUUCCAAAUCACACAUUGUUGAACUCACAUUUCCACCUUGUUCCCCUAACUCCACCCUCGACCCUUCUCUCUUCACCCCUUUCCCAUACCUUCGUAAAAUCUCCUUCUCCAACUGCUUCAACAACAUGCACAUUUCACUUCCCUCUUUCCCUCCAUCUAUCCAAGAACUCGUCUUCAUCGACAAUCCAUCUCUUGUUUCACCUCUUGAACCUUUUCUCCGCAACCUUACCUCUCUCAAGAAACUUGUCUUGGUCGGAAACGGCUUCUAUGGUGAACUUCCGACCAACAUUGGUAGUUUUCAUAACCUGGAACAGCUUAAUCUCUCAAGAAACAAUCUCUCCGGCGAGGUUCCGACGAGUAUCGGAAUGCUCGAGAAACUGGAGAUUCUUGAUCUCAGUCAUAACGACUUCAAAGGGUGUGUACCCGAACAGGUUGGGAAUCUUGUUAAUCUUUUGAAACUUAACUUGAGCCAGAAUGGGUUUGCUUGUAAAAUCCCAGAGAGUUUUAUCCAUUUGAAAAAGUUGGAGUAUUUGGAUUUAAGCUUCAACCGUUUUGGUAACUUUGGUGUCCCAUUGUUCUUAGGAAAAUUUCACAAAAUGAAGGAACUUCAUUUGAGUGGGAACUCACUCUCUGGUAAGAUUCCGGAAAUAUGGAAAAAACUGGGCGGUGUUGAAAAAGUAGGAUUUUCUAAAAUGGAUUUGGUUGGUGAAAUCCCAGCUUCAAUGGGGAUUCAUCUGAAAAAUCUUUCUUAUCUUGGUCUUGAUAACAACAACCUUGAAGGCCCUGUUCCUAAGGAAUUCAGGUUUCUUUUGAAGAUUGCUAAUGAGAUAAACUUGGAGAACAACAAUUUGAGUGGUAGAAUCACUUUCAUUUGUGGAGGAGGAGUUGGAGGGAACAAGUUGAAGUUGGGAGGAAAUGUAGGGCUGUAUGUGGAAAACAAGAAUGAUAGUUGUCCUGGUGAUGUCAUUUUCAAUGGGGGUUCUUUGCAGCUUUUUGAUCCUCUUGUGUUGGUUUUGCUCUUCAUCAUAUUCUUCGUCUUCACUUGAUUUUUAGUUUUAGUUUUUAGUUUUUGUUUCCACUAAACAAAGUAUUACUGAUACAUCUGUUUACUAGAGUGUGACUCAAUUGUAAAUGGAGUUGAAAGUAAUGGUAGACUAUAGAAGUGAAGAAAUGCUUAGCAUAGUUCCUAGAAAAAUGAGUUUCAAAUAUGGAUGAGGAAAACAGAGCAUUAAGAUGUUUCUAUGUUCCAUUAGAGAUUUACUAUAUGCUAUAUUGUUCCUUUUUUUGCAAAUGAAUUCAUGCUCAAAUCAAGGUCAACUUUGAAAAUUGUAUGGAUUUUAGAUUGUUGCAACUUACAAAAUCACGAUAUCUACUAGUUUUGUGAGUUUAAUAUAUGCAAUAAAAU